AUGGCCAUCUAUCGACAGAGUGACUUGUCGGGUGGUACUAUAGCGGUCGUUCAAAAUGAUAAAAAGGACAAUUUUUCAGACAAGUCAAUAAAGUGGCUGAAAAGUAAAAUAUUAAACGAAAAUAAAAAUAUAAAGCAUGCAUUAAACGGUGGAGAAGUUACCAUAUGUGGUGCUAGAGUAGACGGCUAUCAUGAAACGGAGAAAAAAGUAUAUCAGUAUCAUGGCUGUUUCUGGCACGGUUGUCCGGACUGUUUCAAUUCUAACGAAAUCAACCCGGUUAAUAAUAACACCAUGUCCGAUUUAUACAAUGAUACGAUAAGACGGACGGUUAAGUUGACACAAAAAGGGUACCAAGUUGAAGAGAUGUGGAGUUGUAAAUUGAAAAAGCACCAAGAUUAUAAACAAAUGAUGCAGUAUCAAAAUUAUGUAAUUGAACCGCUAAACCCUAGAGACGCAUUUUUCGGAGGAAGAACCAAUGCGACAAAAUUAAUGGUCAAAAAUAAAAAAAUUAAAUAUAUUGAUGUGUGCAGCUUAUACCCCACAGUGAUGUAUUAUGACACUUACCCCGUAGGUCAUCCUAAAAAAAUUUUUAAUCCGUCAAUAAAAAAAUACUUGGAAUCAAAUUGGUAUGGAUUUAUUAAAUGUAAAAUACUACCUCCUACUGAAUUCUAUCAUUCCUUAGAAACGAGCUCGUGGAAAAACGACUAUCGGACGGUUAAUGAUUAUAUUUCAGCAGUAAAAAAUUCAGUAGGAAUUGAUAUGGACAUUGAAAAUAUAAAAGAAAAUCCAGGAUUAAGAGCACUUGCUAAAAUAUGUCUAAAUUAG